UACAAUUAGUAAGACUUGGUGCACGUCACAAAAAAGCGGCGUGACGUUGGAGCAGAGCCUCGAUUUGUCGCUUAUCGUCCUGAGACUCCGCUCAGCGCUCCGAUCAGUGCGUCGGCGUCUCAGUCUCGCAGACGAUGAUGAUGUUGAUCUUCUUUUCUGAAUUCUGACGAGGAGGAGGCCAAGCGGGCCAAAUCGUCGUCGUCUCCUAGUAAUUUAUUAUAUUUAUUUUAUUAUUAUUUCUUUUUAUUAUUCUGUUCAAUUUAAUUGAUUAUUAUUUAUCUUUUUUUUAACCCUUUUUUAUUUGCAUAAACAAGUUAUGUUUGUUAUGCAAAUUUUAAUCAUUCUGUUCGUCUAGGCCCUUCAAUUUUCAUUUCCAGAUCCAGAGUGAAAAAAUAAAAAAAAAAAUAAAAGAAGACUGUUUUUAAGUGCUAACAAUUUAAAGUUUUAAUCAAGAAAGUGUUUUUUUUUUUUUUUUUUUUUUUUUUUUUUUUUUUUUUUUUUUUCGCUUGAAGUUUUAGUCAAGAAAGUUAAUAUACAGUUUGUUCCCCAAAAUUUACAUAAACAUAAUUUUUUUUCAUUUUUUGGGCUGUGAAACGAGUCCAGUUCGAAGCCCAAAUUCAUGCCCAUGAAUAUAAUCUAGAUACAAAUCCAUUUUGAGGCCCAAUAAACCCAAGACCACAACCACUACAAUAACCAUCUUAUAAAAACAAUGAAAUUUCCUUAUUUAUUUGUUUAUAUAGUUAUUCUGUUUUAUUUAUUUCUCUUUUUUUUUUUUUAAUCUUUUUUAUUUAUUUCUGCUUUCUUAUUUAAUCUUCUUUCGAUAUAUGUAAUAUAUAUUUAGGAGGGGAAGCUGUAACGGCUGAGAAAAAAGACCUAAAUUGUUUUAUAGUAUAUAUAUAUAUAUAUAUAUAGAUAAUUGUCUUUCUAGUUCCAAUCUCUCAACACGCUUUGCACUGCCUUCGUCCAUACCCCAACACCAGAAUACUGGAAGACUAGUAUUGUCUGGAAGGUCGGAGCUCGAAUGUUAGGUACAAGAAUGUCAGAUACAAUGCAGAAGAAGCACAAGAAAAGAAAGGGUGAUCGUGGGAAGUAUGCUAAUUUAGAUGACAUUCCAGAUGAUAUCAUAGUUGGUAUACUGUCUCUGUUGCCGUUAAAGGAAGCAGUAGCUACCAGUGUCCUCUCAAGCCGAUGGCGGUAUCUAUGGAGGUUUACAAGAAUGUCUCUGGAUUUCGAUGUUGAUCAUGUAACUCCGAAGUAUGGCACCCUCACUUGUCUUAUUCAUGUAACCAAAUAUUUGAAUAAGAAUAGGAAAACCUACAUCAGGUGGGUUAAUGAGGUAGUAGACCAACACUCAGGAGCUAUCGAAUCAUUGAGGGUUUGCUAUUACUUGCGUCGCAGGCAUAAAAAACAUAUUGAUAGGUGGAUUAGGUUUGGUUUGAGAUCUAAUGUACUUGAAAGGCUUGAGUUGGAUUUUUCAGAACGUUAUCCAUUUUGUAAUGACAUGAAGAGAUAUCUGUACAAGUUUUUCCCCAAUUUUUUUUGUGUGAAAUAUGUUGGAUUCAAGACCAUGAAAGUGCUUUCUCUGAGGCACGUCAGUAUACGUGGAGAAGAGAUUGAAUACUUGUUGUCAAAUGCCACCCUUCUUGAGCGAUUAGUCCUCGAAGAGUGCCAAAAUUUGUCACAUUUAAGAGUUUGUGGACAUUCACUUGCAUUGAAGCAUUUGGAGAUCGUUGCUACUGGCCGCAACUUGCGAAGGGUUGAAAUUUGUGAUUUAGUAAAUCUUGUCUCAUUCUACUUCAAAGGGGAUUUUAAGAACUAUGCUCGUAACUUCAUUCUCAGGAAUUUGCCUUUGCUUGUUGAUUUUCAUAUUGUACUUUUCUUGCUGGCUUCCUCAGAUUCAGUUUCUCAGAAUGACCGAUAUUCCUAAGGUGCCAUCAUAUGAUCACUCUUACAGUGAUAGAAAUCGACAUAAUUGGCCUGCGGAAGUUCCAAAUUGCCCCCAUUAUCAACUCAAAGAAGUGGAAAUAUUUAGCUAUAAUUAUUUCUUAGGUGAUAUGGAGCGUGUCCUCUAUCUCAUAAAGCAUGCUGUUGCAUUAGAGAAAAUCAUUGUCAAUUGCAAGUGCAAUCAACGUCUAAAACGAUUCAAGACCAAGCAACAGUUAUUCGAAGCUGAAGAAAUUUCAAAAUCCCACGCAAUGACUCAACUUCAACCACAAAUUCCUUCUCAUAUUGAAUUUAUACUCCGAUAAUUGACAUUUAUUUAAUAGAUUUAUAUUUAUAAAUAGUUAAUUUCCUCUUCUACUUUA